UCCUCCCAUAGGGUCAUGGAUUUAACGCUGGGCAGGGAGGAGUCGGCAGAGAAAGUGAAAGCAAAAGCCUCACUUCCCACAGCCCGGGGACACUUCAGUGCUUGCUGCACCCCAACUCUGCCCGAGCCAGGUUUGAACCAGGACUCCUGGGUUCUGUCCCCGGCCCCCCAGCCCCGUGCGCCGGAUCCCCACACCGAGGCCAUGGAGCCUGUUUGCCUGGUAGAGCCGGUGCCCAGCUCUGGUACCCUGCGGGUGAACCCAGCCGCCCUGGGCCUGCUCCGGGGCCUCACCCGGCCCCUCCACGUCCUCGCUGUCUUCGGGCCCCGUGGCACCGGGAAAUCGUUCCUCAUGGACCAGCUGGCGGGGCAGGGCGAAGGUUUCCCCUGCUCCCCGGGGAUCUGGGUGUGGUGCCUGCCCCACCCGACUCAGCCUGACCAGGCCCUGGUGCUGCUGGACACGGAGGGAUUCCCAGAGCAAGAGGGCGAUAAGACACAGCUCUCCCGACUCUUCCUCCUGAACGUGCUGCUCAGCAGCGUCCUGGUCUAUAACACUAGGAGUGAGGGCGACCCCCAGAGGCAGCUCGACCGCCUGACGUAUGUGAGGGAUCUUCCCCGGCUGGUGCAAGUGCUGGAUGAGUGCUCCUGGGAGAACAGCUUCCUCCUGAGCAGCGUGCUGCCCAACUUUGUGUGGUGCCUGCGGGAUGUGGCACCCGACCCCUGCCUGGACGAGAUGCUGGAAGCCACGGGCCAUGAGCUGGACUCGGCUCUCAGCUCCCCGCAAGAUUUGGAGGACUCCCCGUCCAGCUGCAUACAGAGGUUAUUCCCCUGCCGGAAGCUGUUCUGUUUCUGCUCCCCCCGAGCGGAUGGAGGGCAUGGUGAGCCGCCAUCUCCCGCAGACCAGCUGCACCCCACGUUCCAAGAGCAGAUGGGGCGUUUUAAGGACUACGCCCUGAGCCGGAGCCCUAAGACCGUGGUGGGGAACAGAGUGGUGGAUGGGACAUUCCUGGCUGAUUUCCUGGAGCGCGUCGUGGACCUGCUGUCCCGGGACAAGCCUGUUCUCUUGAGUGAGAUCUGCAAUGACCUGCAGCAGGAAGGUGAUGAUUACUCUGUGGGGUACCCAACGGACACCACCGGAGACGCCCCACCCAGGAGAGCAGCAGCCAGCGCUGCCCAGCCUUCGGUGCCAGAUCCCAAGAGGGAGUGCGUAGUCCCGCUGCAGAUGUCUCAACCCGCCCUGCCAGUCCUGGCCCAGGCUGCUCCCGGCACGGCACAGCCAGGCGCCAUGGAGGAGCCGAUGUGCCUGAUCGAGAACCGGCCGGGCAGGGAGCUGCAGCUGAACCAGCGAGCCCUGAGCCUGCUCCAGAGCUUCCGCCAGCCCGUGGUGGUGGUGGCCAUUGCUGGGCUGUACCGCACCGGCAAGUCCUACCUCCUGAACCGACUGGCCAGCAAAGACCAGGGAGGGUUCUCGCUGGGCGCCACGGUGCAGUCUCACACCAAGGGCAUCUGGAUGUGGUGCCUGCCCCACCCCCGCCGGGCCUGCCACACUCUGGUGCUGCUGGACACCGAGGGGCUGGGGGACGUGGAGAAGGGCGAUACGAAGAAUGACGCAUGGAUCUUUGCACUGGCCGUGCUGCUCAGCAGCACCCUGGUCUACAACAGCCUGGGCACCAUCAACCAGUGCGCGCUGGAGCAGCUGCACUAUGUGACGGAGCUGACGGAGCACAUCAAGGUGAAGGCGGCAGGCGAGGGCGGCCGGCAGGAGGGGGAGGAUUCGGCCGAGUUCCUGCGGUUCUUCCCAGCCUUUGUGUGGGCCGUGCGGGAUUUCACGCUGCAGCUGGAGCUGGACGGGCGGGAGAUCACCGAGGAUGAGUAUCUGGAGAAUGGCCUGAAACUAAAGCCAGGCAGCAGCCAGCGAGCCCAGCUCUACAACCUGCCCCGUGAGUGCAUCCGCCAGUUCUUCCCGGCCCGGAAAUGCUUCGUCUUCAUCCAGCCGGCUGGCAGGAGGGACCUGCCCCGGCUGGAGGAGCUGCAGGAGGACGAGCUGGAGCCUGAGUUCUCGGAGCAGGUGGCCCGGUUCUGCCACCACAUCUGGGAGACAUCGAAGCCCAAGACCAUCCCAGGCGGCCACGUGGUGACUGGGGCCAUGCUGGGGAAUCUGGCGAUGACCUACGUAGACACCAUCCGCAGCGGGGCGGUGCCCUGCAUGGAGAGCGCGGUGCUGGCCCUGGCGCAGAUCGAGAACUCGGCGGCGGUGGGGGAGGCCGUGGCUGUCUAUGAGGAGCAGCUGGCGCGGCAGGUGGUGGUGCUGCUGCCUACGGAGAGUGUGCCAGAACUGCUGGAGCUGCAUGCCCAGUGCGAGCGGGAGGCGCUGCGGGCGUUCAUGGCGCGCACCUUCAAGGACGACGACCGCAGCUUCCAAGGGGAGCUCAUGCACCGCCUGGAGGAGCAGAAGCAGGAGCUCUACCGGCGCAAUGAGCUGGCAUCCUCGGACCGCUGCACGGCCAUCCUGCUGGAGCUGUCGGACGAGAUGGAAGACCAGAUCGGCCAGAGGGUCUACCUGGUGCCCGGGGGCUACCAGCACUUCCAGAAUGACCGGCAGCAGAUGGUGGAGAGAUACCGGCAGGUGCCGGGGAAGGGGAUAAAGGCCGAGGAGGUGCUGCAGGAGUUCCUCCAGUCCAAGGAGGCCGUGGCCCAGACCAUCCUGCAGACGGACCAGGCCCUGACGGAGAAGGAGAAGGAGACGGCAGCCGAGCGAGCCCGGGCCGAAAUGGCUGAGCGGGAGCAGGAGGUCUUGAAGCAGAAGGAGGCUGAGCUGCAGCAGAAGCUGGAGGACCAGGACCGCAGCUACCAGGAGAACCUGCGGCAGCUGGAGGAGAAGCUGGAGGACGAGAGGAAGAAGCUGCUGGAGGAGCAGGGCAAAAUGAUGGAUCAGAAACUGAAGGAGCAAGAGGCCCUGCUGAGGGAGGGGUUCCGGGAGGAGGCCCGACGCCUGGAGAACGAGAUCCGGGGCCUGCAGCAGCAAAACGAGGAGAUCCAGAAGCCAUCAUGGAUCCAAUCGGCACUGGGGACGCUGGGUGACGUGGCCUCCCUCGUGCUACCCGGCUUUGUUGGCAAGGCUGCCGGGGUCGUCACCAACCUCGUCCGGCGCCUGUUCUGAGGCGGACCCCAGCCACCCGCCUCUGUACCCCAGCCCUUGUUCACCCACGGAACCCCCCACCACAGGACGCCCUGCUGGCGAGCAGCUUAGUAACGUCUAGCAAAGGCUCCCAACCUCCUUGCUUCAUGGCCGGGGCUGGCCCCCCACUGGCAGGGUCAGGAAGGAAUAUCUCCCCCACAAGGCCUUGCAGGGAGGGUGCAUUGUGGGAGACGUGCUACCUCAAGAUGCACAGGUGCUGUUGGAGAGGGAGCCUGGGUUGGAUGGGCUCAUUGGCCUGAUGUGUGGGCACAACCCAGGUGAAGUGGCCACCAGAAAACUACACCUGGAAACGCAGCACUCCCCAGAGCCAAGACAGCCCUAUCCCCAGGUAUCUCCCCACCCCAGGCCGAAGGAUGGGAGCUGGUGUGAGGGGAGGGUGCCUCUCUUCUUACCUUCUGGCUGGUUGGCUUUAAACUCUGCAAUUAAAUAAAUGUCCCCACUAACCUCA